AUGGCUAAUGCCGGGCAGUCGAAUCUGGGAUCUCUACACAAUCCCGUGUGGAUUGACGAGAAUGAUUUCGACGAUGAAUUGGACCUCGACGCCCCCGAUCCGGUUCCCCAGUCUCAGAAACCUACAUCGACAUCUCCAGAAUUGCCAAAAUUCUCUCGACCCUCGCCUGCCGCGAACGGUUCAUCGAGUCAGAAAGUGUCCGCUCAGGCUACCUCUCAAGAAAAAAUAAAGUAUCCUGAGCUGCCGCCAGUGGAAGAAUCGCCGCCAGAACCAGCGCCGUCCAGCAGUGUACCGAUCCCCUGGUCAUCUUCGCCGCCAUCACACUUCGCCCCGCCGCCUAAACGUCGGACACUGCCAUGGCUCAACAAUGAAACGGAUAAUGAUAGCAAGAACCAAGCUUCUCCGGUACAAAUGAAGCCUGCUACUCCGGCGCACACAAAGCCUACAUUGCCAUGGAACAAAACGGCGAGCGCCGUGAAAGAAGAGCAGAAAGAACUUCGGCGACAAAAUAAAAAGCGACAACAGGAAGCUGAAAAGCCUCGGAUGUAUCGUCCGCCUGAAAGAGUCGCGUCGCUGUUCCUUAGUGACGAGCAGCGUAGUGUUCUUGAGGCUGUCGUCGAUAAGGGGAAAAGCAUAUUUUUCACAGGAUCCGCAGGAACUGGUAAAUCAGUCCUGAUGAGAGAGAUCAUCAAGAAACUCCGUGAGAAGUAUAGAAGAGAGCCAGAUAGAGUAGCCGUUACUGCAUCUACUGGUCUUGCCGCCUGCAAUAUCGAAGGUGUUACACUGCAUAGUUUUGCUGGGAUCGGUUUGGGCAAGGAAUCUGCACAGGAACUUGUCAAAAAGAUCCGAAAGAAUCAGAAGGCCCGGAAUCGUUGGUUGCGGACCAAGAUCUUAAUCAUUGAUGAGGUUUCAAUGGUGGAUGGCGACCUCUUUGACAAGCUCGAGGAGAUCGCGCGGCGGAUAAGAAACAACGGUCGCCCUUUUGGAGGUAUCCAGCUUGUCGUGACCGGGGAUUUCUUCCAACUGCCCCCUGUACCGGAGUCGGGGAAUCGUGAAGCGAAGUUUGCGUUUUCCGCGGCGACUUGGAACACCUGCAUAGAACACACGGUCCUCUUGACACACGUCUUCCGUCAAAAAGAUCCCGAAUUCGCAGAGAUGCUAAAUGAAAUGAGGCUAGGAAAGAUCAGUCAGCGUACCAUAGACGCCUUUAAGAAGCUCUCCCGUCCGCUGGAUUUCCAUGACUCUUUAGAAGCUACUGAACUAUUUCCGACUCGCGCAGAGGUGGAUAACGCAAAUGGAUUACGGAUGAGCAAGCUUUCGGGCGAAACAAUGACCUUCCAUGCGGUAGACUCUGGAACGAUUCAAGACCCACAGGUUCGGGAUAAGCUUCUGGCCAACUGCAUGGCUCCCCCGGUGAUCCACCUCAAGAAGGGUGCUCAAGUCAUGCUCAUCAAGAACAUGGAGGACACUCUUGUGAACGGAUCACUUGGGCGAGUAGUUGCUUUCAUGGAUGAAGCGACCUUCGAUUACUACAGGGAAAAUGAGGACGAAUUUGUCGAAGAUGCCGGUUAUCUGAGUGACGAGGAGAAGGCAGCCCGCGCCAGGAAGAGAAUCAGGGCUCUUGCUCAUAAGGAGAAAGAGGACGGCAUCAAUACAAGCCGCAAAUGGCCGUUAGUCUGCUUUGUACAACCGGAUGGAACUGAGAGGCAUCUACUCUGUCAGCCAGAAACCUGGAAGAUCGAGUUGCCGAACGGUGAAGUCCAAGCACAGCGUCAACAAGUGCCUCUGAUUCUGGCAUGGGCUUUGUCAAUUCACAAGGCUCAGGGACAGACCCUGCAACGAGUCAAAGUUGACUUGGGUCGGGUUUUCGAGAAAGGUCAGGCGUAUGUUGCGCUGAGCCGUGCGACCUCCCAAGCUGGUCUUCAGGUGUUUGGGUUCGAUCCCAAAAAAGUGAUGGUGCAUCCAAAAGUCAUUGAAUUUUACCGCAAUCUGACGAACAUCAACUCUGUGAUGAAGCCAAAGAGCGCCAAAGAGCAAACGAAAAGUGCUUCUGGCAAUGAUCAGAAGAAAGACGGUGAUGAAUUUGACGAUGACUUUCCGGAUGAAUAUAUGCAGCAGAUAUGUGCUUAG